AUGCCUGACUGUGACAUGCAUGGGUUUAUAGAAUGUUACGUUACGUAUUGGAUAUGGCGGACGGUCCCAAUCAUUCUGCUGGUUGUGGGAACAUGCGGAAACAUCCUUAACAUCACAAUCCUGCUGCGUCGCCGUCUCCGGAAGUAUUCAACCAGUGUCUACCUUAUGUGCUUGGCAGUCGCCGACCUAACGUUCCUUUGGACGUCCGCCUUCCCGGCGACGUACUAUAAACUUACGGGUGUAAUUUUAAGUCACCGCUUAGCGCUGCUGUGUAAGACUCAAGCUUGGAUUAACCAUGCUUCGGUUGGGGUAUCCAUGUGGCUUCUAGUGAUCAUGACGAUUGAGAGGCUAAUCAUGUCGCGUUCUCUCGUAAUUGCCCGGACAAAGAUUACUCCAAGAAACGCUAUAAAAGUCUCAUCUGUGCUCAUUUUCAUUUGUUCGGCGUUUCCAUUUUACCAGAUCUUUCACUAUGAGAUAAGACUGGUAGAACUUCCAUUGGCUGACAAUAGCAGAGUUGAGGUUCAACGGUGUACAACGGUAUCGGACAGUUUCGUAUAUUUUCAGAUCUACAUAUGGCCAUUUAUUGUUCUUUUUGGACUCAACAUCAUCCCUAUAGUUGUUAUAAUCAUUGGCAACAUCGGAAUUCUUAUUAGUUUUAUAAAACAAAAAAAGCAACUCAUGAAAGUUAAUACGGUGACAAGCGUGGAUUCUGCCGUUAGCACAGUUAAACUGCGUAGAAACAGGAAACCCCUCGCGAAAAUGCUCAUCUUUGUCAGCUCUUUUUGUGUUGUAACCACGUUGCCGCUGAUGUUAUAUAACUGUUUCUGGUAUACCAUCGACAUCUCGACUCCAAGAGCGCUAGAAAGACGUUUCCUUGUGGACACAGUUCUCAUUCAACUUGUCUACUGUAAUUAUACAUUCAACUUCUUCUUAUAUUUUGUGAGUGGGACUUUAUUCAAGCGGGAAUGGAACGAUUUUGUGGGUGAAAUCCUCAGCAAGAUAUUCCCAAGGAAGCGGAGCCAUGGAACAUCUGGAACAGCCGUCGCAAUAGCAACGCUGGUUUCGGAAGCUCGUUCAGAUUUUCACAACCAAACCUCUUGA